UUCUGAAGGUUACCGCUGAACCUUCCGAGAUGGACACCUUGUCUCUUUUUAUUUUAUUUUAUUUUAUUUUCAUUUCCUUUUUUUUAUUUCACAUGUUGUCCCUUUUUUGCCUCUUAGAAGAGUUGCAUAUUCAUUGUAUUGUUUUUCUUUUUUUGUUUUCCUGUCCCCUUGUCCCUCGUCCCCAAUCCCACAGUUGCACCCCUUUGCCUGUCUUUGAAUGCUGUCCAGGUUGACUUGCCGCCCAGUAUUGGAGGGAAGUUUGAACGUGUGAUGCAGCCAACAUGAACGGUUGUCUUGUGUUGCACACCCUUUCCAACACUGCGACACGAUCGCCCCAGGGAGAAAAGCGCUCCAUGCUUGAUAUCGUAUGGUUCAUGACCAAUAUGUUUCCAGUACAGGAAAAAUCCCUGAAGAGGCAAAGGCGCUCUCGCUUUUGGCCCCCGCCGCGCCAGUGGCCAGCCUGAUGAGCGGAGGAGGACUUCUGCCCAUUCCUAGCCCCACUACACUACAGAAUUGUGGUCUUCCUUUAGCUAAUCUGGGGGUCCUGAAGUCUAGUUUGGACACAUCUGUGGCGGCUCUAAAUGCAAUUGCUUCACAGCCUCCGCUCAUGGGAAAUGUAGAUCCCUCUAAAAUUGAUGAGAUCAGGAGGACGGUGUAUGUCGGCAAUUUGAAUUCACAGAGCACCACAGCAGAGCAGCUCCUCAAGUUCUUCAAGCAAGUGGGAGAUGUUAAGUUUGUUAGAAUGGCAGGAGAUGAAACCCAGCCUACACGUUUUGCUUUUGUGGAGUUUGCUGAUCAGGAAUUGGUGGCACGAGCGCUUACAUUUAAUGGAGUCAUGUUUGGCGACAGACCACUAAAGAUUAACCACUCCAAUAAUGCCAUAGUGAAGCCACCAGAGCUCACACCUCAAGCUGCGGCCAAAGAACUGGAGGACGUGAUGAAGAAAGUUAGAGAGGCUCAGUCAACCAUUGCUGCUGUUAUCGAGCCAGAAAAUAAAAAUCGUUCAUCCAGUAGAUCUAGACGUUCCAGAAGGUCCAGAUCUCACUCUCGCUCCCCAUCACACUCACGAAGAAAGCGAUCCAGAUCCAGGUAUAGGGGACGCCUGUCCCAAAGAUCACGGCAGAAGAUGAAUGACUCCCGUGUGUCCCAUGAGAGGCGCUCACGUUCCCGAGAAAGGAAACACAGCCGAAGUGGAUCUUAUUCUAGGGACCAAAGGAAGGACAAGGACGGCAAAGUAAGGAAGGAAAAUGACUGGGAAGAAAAGAGGCCAUGGGACAAAAAGGGAAGGACGCCUCCUAAAGGCUUCAGUGGCUCUAGACGUUCCCGCAGCAUAAGCAGAGGCCAUAAGAAAAGAAGCAGCUCUCGAUCCAGGUCACCAAGGCGGAGAGCCCCGUCACCAUCGCCGUCUAAAAGAGGCAAGAAAGAUAAAAAGAGGGAUAAAGGACGGGACAGUAGCAGGGAAAGGACAGAGAGCUCAAUGUCCAGGAGGAAAAGCAGGGAUUAUGAACAUAAAUCUAAACCAUCACUGAUGGAGAGGGGCUACGAGCCGGCAGACCAUGAGUAUGACAGUGACAUGGAUGGGUCGGGUUCUGUGGGUAGUGACGACAGAUCUCCUCAAGCUCAUCUCAACGGCAGCUAUAGGAGCACUUACGCCGAGGAGGAGGAUCUCUCUGCAGCUGAGUGAUUCACGUGUACCCAUAAUGCCAAGAACAGUGAUGCUGUCUGGAGAGCACAGCAUCAUGUAUGAUACUGUAACACCUGUCACUCCUGUUGAAGUGCUUUCUCUUGCGUCCAUUGCUGUGUGAUUGUAGGCUUCUGAAAACAUUUUCUACUGCUGUGAAUAUGCUACCUGUCAUAUGAUAUUCAUAUGGAUGAAAAUGUAAAGUUUUGGAUAGAUCUUUAUUGUGCUGAGAGAUGCGGUAUACUGAAUGAAGGUGCUUUUGUUGAGGUCACUUUUUUUAAUCAGUUUUGCAUUUGUUGUCUUUUGCAUGUAACUUUGUGUUUACAUUCUUGUGGGAAGAUGUUGUUUUAUGCUAUUUUUUCUCUUUUCGGUCCAUCUUACUAAAACAAGCCAUUAUUAGUGUGAAUCUAAAAAAAAAAAAAAAAGUUAUAUUUUACCAAUGAC